CCCCUCAUCACUCCAGCCGCUCGCGCCCGCUGAUGAUGCGUGCGACGGAGCGGUCUCGCGCCGCUCUGCCCGUCCCGAGCUCGUUUCCUCCUCUCUGAAGCAGAAAGAUUAUCUCCGCAGACGCGACAACAAUGGGAGGACUGGACGCGUGUGGCGGCUCCCGCUCCAUCUUACUAUAAUUCACACCGUCGCACUUGGCUUUAUUCCCGGCGAAAAUGGCGACGGGGGCAGGCUGGCAGCCUCCGUACAACACCUCGACUAGCAACAGCAAAUACACCCAGUCUCCAACAGGGUCCGGCAUGUUUUACGACGGCAGCUUAACGCUGGAAUACACCCCAGACCUGCAUCUGAAGAUGAGCAAGAAGAUCGCCCAGCUAACAAAGGUCAUUUAUGCGCUCAACACCAAGAACGACGAACACGAGGAGGAAAUCGAGUCUCUGAAAGAAGCCCACGAGGACGAGGUCCAACACAUAGUGACAGAAACCAGAGACAAGAUCAUGCAGUACAAGAGCAAAAUGGCGGACGAAGCGGACCUGAGGCGGCGGCUGGCCAGUCUGGAGGAAUCUGUGGAACUGCACGACCACAUGAAGAGACAGGCCUUGGCAGAGUUUGAGAUGUACAGGCAGAGGAUGGAGGACUCGCAGCUCUGCACCGAGGCCCAGCAUACCCAGAGAGUGGUUUCCAUGAGCAGAGAGGUGGAAGAGAUGCGCCGCGAUUUUGAGGAGAAGCUUCGGGUGUUCAGCCAGGCUCAGGCCCAGUUUGAGGCAGAUAAGCGGCGAGCGCUGGACGAGCUGAGGGCCACCCACCGACACGAGGUGGAGGAGCUCCGCAACAACCAGCAGAACCACAGCGCCACCUCUGCCGAGGACCAGGAGAAACUGGCCGAGCUGCAUAGACAAGAGGUGGAGGCUUUGAUGGAGAGGGUGGAGGAGCUGACGAAGGAUAAGGUCCGUCUGGUGGAGGAGUACGAGGCCAAGCUGGCCAAGGCUCAGGAGUAUUACGAGCGCGAGCUGGAGGCCAUGAGGCGGACGCACCAGCUGACCACAGAGAACCUGCUGGCUUGGAAAAGGACGGAGGUGGAGCUGCGGAAGGAGUUCCAGGCUCAGGAGGCGGCGCUGCAGCGGUCGCUGUCCAAGCUGAGGAGCGAGCUGCAGAAAGCUCAGGAGGAGGCCCGGGAGAACCGGGACAAGACCAACAGGCUGCAGACAUCGCUGGCCAACGCAGAGGGAACCAUUAAGAACCUGCACAAGCAGCUGGAAGAAGCCAUCCAGGAUGGAGAAAUCUGGGUGAUGCAGCUGAAGGACACCGAGUAUGAACUGGAGAGCAGCAGGGAACGGGUGCAGCAGCAGGCCACAGAAAUCCUCCACAAAGCCAGUCAGAUUGGUUCCUUGCAGGCCACCCAGAUGGCUCAUGAGGCGACCAUCAGGAACCUGGACCAGGAGCAGAGUCGCCUCAAGGAGAAGAUCGGCCGGCUGGAGGAGGAGAGGGAGGCCCUGCUGAACCAGAGCCAGGCCGCCAGCGACCAGCACAAGCAGCAGGUGCUCAAACUGGAGCAGUCUCUUCGGGAGGAGCAUCAGGGCUAUGAGAAGGAGCUGUCCAGGCUGAGGGCUCACUACGAAGAGGAGACGCUGCGCUUUAAGGAGGCUCAGGUCCGAGCGCUGGAGGAGCUGGAGGAGAAGCACCGGGCGCUGAGGGAGGAGGCCCAGCAGGAGAAGGAGGAUGAGAAGAAACUCCUUGUUACGAAAAUGAGCCAGGAGUUUGAGAUUAAACGUCUGUCCUUAGAGGAGCAGAGAGAUCGCCUUCAGCAGCAACUGGACAACUUGAAGGAGGAGCUCACGGCCAAACUCAACAUGGCCAAUCAGGAGGUGUCCCACCUGCAGGAGAUCGUGAGGGAGGGGGAGCAGAACCUGAAUUCGGCUCAGACGCAGAUAAGCUGCCUGAAGGAAACCCAGGAGAAGCUGCGGAUAGAGCUGGACGCAACCAGAGGCCGCGUGCGAGAGACCAGCAACCUGCUCACUGACCUACAGGAGGAGAUUGAGACCCAGAAGCAGCAGCAUGAUGCCAGGGUGAUGGCCAUCCGCACGGAGGAGAAACAGAAGAUCGACAAGAUGGCGGACGACUUGGAUCAGAAGUGGAGGGAUGCUCUGCGGGAGGAGGUGCGUUUGUUGAAGGACGAGCUGAGCGAGGAGUACGAAGCCGACAAGCAGGCGGCUCUCAGUCAGCUUUCCCAACAGAAGGAGCUGGAGCUGAUGGCGUCACGAGAAGCCUGGCAGAGGAAAGUGGAAGAUCUGCUGGAGCAGAUAUCACUCCUGAAACAGUCCCUGGAGCUCCAGCUGUCACAGUCUCAGUCCGCUCUCCAGCAGCUGCAGUCUCAGUUCAACCAGGAGAGGGAGCUGCUGAGCCAACAGCUUAAAGAGAUGCAGAGGGAACAUCAGAGGCGGGAGCAUCGGUUACAGGAGGCCCACUGCUGCGCCCUCAGCACCAUGGAGGAGGCCCGGCAGCACCAGAUCAGAGCCCUGGAGGAGCGUCUGAAGCAGGAGCAGAGGGAGGAGGUCCACGCUCUGAAGGAGGCCCACAGGAGGACCCUGGAAAUCCUCAGGCAGCAGUCAGAGCAGGAGCUGCAGACGCUCAGAUUCGAGCUGGAGGACGAGGGGAAAGCGAAGCUGGCGUCUCUCCGAGCAGAACUGAACCACCUGCAUGCCACGGCCAUCGAGCACCUGAAGCAGAUCCACCUCAAGGAAAACAGCACAGCCAAGAGGGAACUGGAGAAGGCGAUGGAGCACAGCCACCAGCAGGAGCAAGAACUCCUGGUUCGCAUCUCCGACCUGCAGGGCGAGCUGUGUUCCCGUAGCAACCGCAUCACCGAUCUGGACCACGAAAUCCACUCUCUUAACGAGACCAUCGACACUCUGACCAGAGAGCUGGAGAUAAAGGGCAAAGAGGUGCUGCGAGUUCGCAGCGAAGCCAACCAUCAGAUCAGAGCGCAUGAACAGGACCUCACAAAGAGGCACGAGAGGGAUCUGGAUGAGCUGAAAGUGGUUCAUCACAGAGAGGCGCAGAUUAUGCUGGCUGACUUCAACAAGGCCCAGGAGGUGCUCAAAGACAAGAUUUCUGCUCUGCAAAUCCUGCUGGAGGGCACGGAGGAGAAGUUGAGAAACAGAGAAAGCCGACCGGAAGAUCUGCAUCUCAUCGCAGAGCUCAGAGAGAUGGUGACAGAGAGAGAAGCUCUGGUCAAGAAACUCGUCGAUGACAAGAAGUUCUACCAGCUGGAGCUGGUGAACAGAGAGACGGGCUUCAACAAGGUCUUCAAUUCCAGUGCCAACGUUGGCGUCAUCAAUCCUCUGAUCAAGUCAAAAACAGGCAGCCAAUCAGAUCAGCGCCUCACCAGCUUCCCUAGCCAUUCAGCUCUCCGAUUCGUCAGCCCUCCCACCAUGAGCCACGAAGGCCAGGAGGAGGGGGGGCGGGAGGACGGGGAGGUAGGGCCGGGAGGCCGCUUUGCGCUUCCUCACUCCCCCCUCCAGAGGUCCCUCCCGAGACAUAAGAAAGCCCUGCCACUGUUCAGCCCUCUUCCUCCUCCUUCUUCCUCUCCUCUACCUCAGCAUCCUCUCCCUCUUCCUCAUCCCCCACACCAUCCCAUGCCGAGCCUCGCUCCUCCUCAUGCUCCUCAGGAUCCCCUCGCGCAGCAUCAGGGCCUGCAGAGCUGUGGGAGCCUUCCUGAAGCCGGCGUUCCCACACCGUCCGACUCGAGAGGGAUCGAGGCAGAAAAAGUCAAAGAAUAUGUCCCAAAAGAGGAAGACUUGUACUCGCUGUACUUCUCUUUCUGACUGGCAAAAAAAAAAAAGAAAAAAAAAAUACCCCAGUUCUGUCAAAAAAUUUAAAUAAAGUAAUGGGACAGGGAGCUAAAGUGUGACGGCGAAUCAAACGGCGCAAUUCGAGUUGCUUGAUGGGUUGAGAUAACAGACAUCCGGUCCUGAUAUGAGCAUUUCACGUUUCCAGUCUGAUUUUUUUUUUUUUUUUUUUCUUUUGGGCUUCCAUACAUUGUGAG